UUUAUAUUUUUCAGUCGACGUCAAAUCUUGUCGCAACUUACACAAAAAAUCAAUAAAAGGAGAUAUCGAGACUAUUGUUAAAUUACGUGAAGUGACCAACGGUUAUCUAAAAAUGUUGAUGAAACGGAAUAUACUUGAAAGUAUUACGAUUGUUUCGUGUAGUACCACUAUAAUUUGCACAUUACUUAACUAUGCAACUAAUAUUUCGCCACUAACCGGUUGGUGGUUCAUAAUUUACACUCUUUUCUUAUUUAUAUUCUCAGUAAUAUUGAGUUUUAAAUGUAUCCAAUGGCUCUUACAUUUAAAUAAGCCCAUUAAAUACGAUCUAGAAAAUAUUGUGGAGAAAUAUCCCUUCGCGCACUUGAUUACGAAUAUUUUGCCGAAAAUCCCAAAGAAAUUGAAACCCACAGAGCAGAAGGAGUAUGAUACAAACGAAAUAAGUGUUAUCACAACUGUACUUGAAAGAAAGUUAGUGUCAUCAUGGUACAUCCAUUAUAUUUCACAGGAAAUAAGUUUCCCAUUUGCUUGCAAACAAUUACUGGAUCAAAUGGUCAGCAAAGCUUUCCAGAUAUGUAACAAGAUUGAAACCAAAGAUGUAUAUGUACACAUUUGUGCGGUUUUAGUAAGCCAUAUAAAGGAAUACAGAAAAGCUAUAAAAAGGCAGGAAAAGACACCAUCUGAAAGCAUUGAUACUUUGUAUAAAAAGUCACAUCCCAUCUUUGACAAUAAGUGUAGAAAAACCAUGACUGCAGAUCACUGUAUUAACAUAAUAAGAAUAAUUUUAAAAGAACUGGUUCCUUGGGAGUUGUGGGACACACCAAACUCUGAACUCCUAAUAAGAAUAUUAGCCAAGAAACUUGAUACAUUCAUUGAUACUACAAUAGCUGACCCAGUCUGGUUGAAUAAUAAAAUAUAUGUGCUUUUGACUAGUUCUACCAAUGUUAAAUCUACUCAUGAAAAUACAGAUGAGCUAACAAAACCUGAAUGCUCAAAUGACACCAAAGAUGUAAAUGAUACAGAAACUAAAGUUGAGAAACCAGAAGAAGUCAAUAAUGAGCCAAAAACAAUUGAAAGUGUCAUAGAACCUGUAAAGAAAGAGGAAAUAAAAAAUGAUAGGUGUGUAGAGGCAAAAGAGGUAUUGCCUCUUUCAGAGCCGGUGGAGAUAAAGCCCGUUCUCAGGCAGAGACGGGGCAGACAGGGCAGAAAUGAAGUUAAAAUAUAUGAUAGAAUCAUCGAGGGUAGCGUCAAAACCUGGGAAACAGACAUGGACCUCCAAUGCAUCAGUAUGGGCCAGGAUCUAUUGGCCAGUCUGGACGAGCUGACUCUCAGUCGCUUGUGGGGACAUGAAGAUACUGAACAUAGCCCUAAUCUACGAGCGGCGUCACCACAGCCACUGUGGUUUGGUGAAGAAGACGCAAUAGAACUAGAUGCAGAGCCACAUAAAGAAACGAAAAGCAGUCCUAAAGCAACGGAUGCUCUACUAAAAGACCUCCAAACUACAGUAAUUCAAGCCAAGACGAAGAUUGGAGACCUACAGGUCCCGUUGCACGUAGAUGUCAAGCCCAGUGAUGAAGCAGCUGGCAUGAUGGAAGGUCUCUUGGACAAAGGGAUUGCUGGUAUUAGAAAAGGUCUGCGCUUCACAGGACUUAGCGAUGACUCAAUGGACAAAUCGCCAACACACAACAGCAGAGACAAGCACGACAGAACGUCCCCGCCGGAGACAUACAAACAGAAGGCCAGACUUGACAUGAUCACUGAGCAUAGAGAUAUUAAGGAGGUCAACUCAACACAUAAAGAUGACGGUAACUCGGUACCACCGCUCGUGAAACAGCAACGAGUGACGUCACAAGACAGUACGAUGCAAAGUAAGCCCAAGCUAGAGCAGCAGCCAUUCAGUCUGUCUGACUCCCCGGAGCCCCAGUACGAGGAGACCGCUGAUUUAUCGCACACUAUCGCUAAGUUACGGUCUUUGCUUAAUGAGACCACGCCCAGGAACGAAGACAUCUGGUGGGAGAGUGCAGAGGAGACGCGGGGGAGGACACAGCUCCUCCCCUCCUCUUCCCCCAGGAAUGUGGACACCGCUACACUUGCUGACGAAUACGACAUGAGCUUGGAGAGGAAUGCGUCUCCGGGACAGAACUCCAACAUGCAGCGACUUGACAGGUUAUUCCAACGCACAGUGACGGGUGUAUUCAACUCGAUCAAAACAGCAGUGGGGGCGGAGGGCGAGGGCGAAGGCGCGGAGUGCGGGGGCGAAGGCCGGUGGCACUAUGUGUGCACGAGUAUGGAGAUUAGCGUGGGCGGUGCGGUAGCGCGGCUGGUGGGGUCGCGGCGUGCGCUCGCGCACGUGGACGCGGCGCUCGACUCGCUGCAACACCUGCCCACUGCCACCAACACACAACACGCUAGUGCAGAGGAUUUUGAGGAAUGGUGUGCAACAGAAGGAGCUCGUUGGUGUGCGUCGUUCGAGCUGGUGUGUGCGUUGGGGCUGGCCCCGCAACACGUCACCUUCCGACUGGCUUCACUGCUACUGGCUGACAUAGCGGAAACGCUAAUAACUGGUUGGCUUGAAGAAUUAACAGCGUGGGUGCGGAAGCAAGUGUUCGACGUGUUUGAGAGUAUGUCUGAGGAGAGAACCGAACCCGCGACCGGCGAGGUGCUGCGGGAACUGGAUGUGGAUGAAACUGUACGGGUUAUUAUGGAGAAAAUGCCGGAAACGUAUAUAUUCGGCGAAGAAUCAUUGAGACAAGCCGUGAAGUUGUUACUGACGAGUUUCAGCAACAAAAAUAUAAACAAAGACGUCACGUUUCGAACGCUCGAUGUGUUUGCGGCGCAUUUUAAGAAGUCUGCGGGAUUGAGGAACCCUUCGUUUGAUAAUAAUUAAUUAUAUUUUUUGGUUUUUAUGGCAUUCAAAUGCUUUAUAAAUAUAAAUUUAUA